AUGAAGAAGAAGUCCAAAAAAUCUCCACCGGCGAAGGCAAAAUCAUUGGGCUCACCCCCGAUUGAGAAUUCACCUCCGCCGUCCUCCUCUUCACCACCCAGUCGCGAUGAAGGAAGCCUCUUACCUCCGCUUGACGAGUUUGUUUCUGAUGCCCACCUUGGCUCCCCAGCUGCAGUGGCUGCUCAACAAACUCGUGACAAAGCAGAUCUGAGUCCUCCCGUUGAGCCGUCUUCUGCGAAGAAAGUGAUCGUCGAAGAGUCGACAGAUCCAUCUCCAGGAAAGACUGUAACCUUAAAUACCCAAGUUGAGUUGAGCUCUGAAGCAAUGUCUGGAAGCUCCUCGGACUCUCGACCAGUAGGAUCAGUGGCAAACGAAAUCACUGUCGCUGCUGAACCUAAAGGGAAUCUAGCAAGUGCUGAUGCCAAGGACGUGUCUUUGGGCUCGCAGUUAGCUGAUCCAAAGGAACCUCCUAUUCGUGUAAGCAUCGAGAAGGAGGCAAAAGCCCCGAUUGAUACUAAGAAAACUUUGUGCGAUCGAGCUAAAGGAGUUAAGCAAUUAUCUAAAAAAGGUGAAGCUUUCACCCUUCCAUCAGGAGAAGCAUGUAUCAAGAUACCCAACUCGGUGAUAGAGAAGAAUCGCAAGUCAUGGGAACCCUUUGUGCUUGGUCAAUUUUACUCUGACCCUCCUUCUCAGGGAACCUUGCACAACAUUGUUAAUGGUAUCUGGAGCAAACAAUACAGAGACAUCGCUGUCUCCAAAAUGGAAGGAUUCUCCUAUCUGUUCCGGAUUCCGAACGUAGCGACCAGAAACAGAGUGAUUAAGCAGAAGCUGUGGCAGAUCGAAGGCCAGACCAUGUUCGUUGACAAAUGGGAACCGGGUAUUGUGCCCACAAAGCCUGAACUCACUUCGGCUCCUAUUUGGCUCGAACUACGGAAAGUUCCUCUUCAAUUCUUCAACGAAGAUGGCCUUGAGCGUAUUGCGGGGCUGGUUGGCCACCCCAAGUUCUUGCAUCCUGCCACUGCGAAUAAAACAAAUUUGGAGGUGGCAAAAGUUUUUACUAUCAUUGAUCCUAGGAAACCACUACCUGAGGCUGUCAAUGUCCAGUUUGAUUCCGGAGUCAUCAAUAGAGUGUUAGUGUCGAGCCCCUGGAUGCCUCCUGUUUGCGGGUUCUGCAAAGAGAUAGGUCACUCAACCAGAAGAUGUCCGACUGCCCCCAAAUCCUGCUCUGUCUGUAGCUCAACCGAUCAUGCUUCAGCGAACUGUCCUCAAGCACCAAAUAAGGAUACUAGGGGAAGGAAGACAAGGAGAAGUAGAUCAAGGAAUAAGCAGAAAUGGGUGGAAAUGGACCCUCAAAAGGCGCCGAUUCCACCUCUUUCUGAGCAGGCUCCGAAUGGCCAUGUUCCUCCUAUAAUUCACACCAAGACUAGCUUAGAGGUGAUUACUCUACAGUCAAAACUGGGCACUGAGAAAGAUACGCCUGAGCUGCAAUCUGACUCCUCUGAUGUUGAUUCUUCGGAUUCUGAACUGGAGGAGGGUGAGUUUAGCAAACAUGAGCCCGACUUCGAAGUGGUCCGUAACAGGAAAAGAUUCUCAGAGCUGUUUCCUGGUUGGUCCUAUGAGAGCAACUACGAGUUCUCUCCCCUUGGGAAAAUAUGGGUGGUUUGGCAUCCUUCUGUGUUGGUUACUAUUAUCUCCAAGUCUCUCCAAAUGAUUACAGUCGAGGUUACUUGGCCGUCGGUUCAAUCCAAGAUCAUCAUCUCCAUCAUCUAUGCUUCUAACGAUCCUGAUGUGCGCACGACCCUGUGGAAUGAGAUUGAGGAGCUAGGUCCUGCUCUUGGUAUAAAAUCGAAACCCUGGAUUAUCUUAGGUGACUUCAACCAGAUAAGAGAUCCUUCAGAGCACUCUAAACCGGCGUCUCUGAAUUUGGACAUGAAAAUGCGGGACUUCAAUCAGUGCUUGCAGUCUGCUGGUGUGGAUGACCUUAACUUCAGAGGCAGCUCUUUCACAUGGUGGAACAAGCAAAAGCUUAACCCGAUCGCUAAGAAGCUGGACCGAGCUUUGGUGAACGAUGAGUGGUACUUCGAGCUCUCCUCCUCCGUUGCUUACUUUGGUAGCCCAGAGUUCUCGGACCAUGCAGUUGUCUCGAUCUUACUGGACCCUUCCACCGCAAAGGCUAAGAAGCCGUUCAGGGUAUCGCGUAAGCUGAAGCUAUUAAAGAAAUGCAUCAAGGAGUUCAGUAAACAUAACUACUCUGGCAUUGAAAAAAGAACAGCGCAUGCUCUUGAUUGCUUGGUGACCGCUCAGAACUUGACGCUGGCGAACCCUUCCACCCAUAACGCUGAGGUGGAGAUAAGAGCAAUGAAGGAAUGGGAAGAGCUAUCCACCGCUGAGUCCUCGUUCUUCUUUCAGAGAUCAAGGAUCACCUGGCAAGCGAUCAACCAUAUUCACUUCUUAGUAGGUGACAAUGGAGCACGCAUCGACUCUCUACCAGAAAUCCAUGAGCAAUGCGUGAAUUAUUUCUCUGAUCUUUUGGGGGGCACAGCUUCUCCAAGCAUGUUUGAGCAAAGUGACCUCGAUCUGCUUUUUGAUUUUAAGUGUUCUGCGGAGCAAGCUUCUAAUUUUGAGAAGGAAUUCUCAUCUCAGGACAUCAAGGACGCUUUCUUCUCCUUACCUAGAAACAAAACAGGGGGGCCCGACGGUUACUCUUCUGAGUUCUUCACCGCCUCCUGGUCUGUGGUUGGUUCGGAGAUAACGGAGGCCAUUAAGGAAUUCUUCCGGUCUGGCUCCAUCCUCAAGCAGUGGAACGCAGCAAACCUCGUUCUGAUCCCAAAAAUUCCAAAUGCGUCGCAUCCUUCUGAGUUUCGGCCUAUCUCAUGUCUCAAUACGGUCUACAAGGUGAUCGCUAAGCUACUGGCGUCUAGAUUACAGGAGAUUCUCCCACUCAUGAUCUCCAAGGCCCAAUCUGCUUUCCUCCCGAGGCGUUUACUAGCUGAAAAUGUAUGCCUCUCAACUGAUCUGGUAAAUGGCUAUAACAAUCAGAACUUAACCUCCAGAGGAAUGCUGAAGGUUGAUCUCAGGAAGGCCUUUGAUUCAGUUAGAUGGGACUUCAUGUUGGCAUCGCUUAAAGCCCUUGAAAUCCCUCAAAGCUAUAUCAAUCUCAUCUCUCAAUGCCUUACUACUGCGUCCUUCUCAGUUUCGGUUAACGGCUCCACAGGUGGUUUCUUCCAGAGUUCUAGAGGAAUUACACAAGGAGACCCGCUGUCUCCCUAUCUCUUUGUGUUAGCCAUGGAGUGUUUCUCGAGGUUACUUCUCUCAAGGUACGAAGCGGGUAGCAUCGGCUAUCACCCAAGAACAGAGAACCUGAAGAUAUCCCACUUGAUGUUCGCGGACGACGUCAUGGUCUUCUUUGAUGGUAGCAGUAACAGCCUCCAUGAAAUUUCUGAAUGUCUUGAUGAUUUCGCCUCCUGGUCCGGGCUGCAUAUGAACACAACGAAAACUGAGCUCUUCACUGCGGGACUUGACCAUUCUGAAUCCCAAGCUAUUGCUAGCUAUGCAUUCCCCAUUGGUAAAUUCCCCAUUAGAUAUCUUGGUCUCCCUCUUAUGAGCCGCAAGUUAAAAAUUUCCGAAUACGCUCCUCUUAUGAACAAGAUCACUAAAAGCUUCCAAGCAUGGUCUGUUAAGCUCAUGUCCUUUGCAGGGCGGCUUCAGCUACUCAGAACAGUGAUUUUCGGUCUCAUCAACUUCUGGGUCUCGGCCUUCAUGUUGCCUAAGGGAUACAUUGCGGCUGUAGAAACGCUCUGUGCUCGGUUCUUAUGGUCGGGAAACAUUGACAAGAAAGGUAUUGCUAAGAUUGCUUGGACCACGAUGUGUUUACCAAAGCAAGAAGGCGGGUUGAGUAUAAGAAGCAUCUACAUCUGGAAUCAAGUCCUUGGGCUGCGAUUCAUUUGGUUACUGCUGUCUAACUCUCCCUCUCUUUGGUCUGAUUGGCACAAGAGUGUCCAUCUCACUGAUAAAUCCCUCUGGACUAUAGAGCCAUCACCAACAGAUUCUUGGGCUUGGAAAAGAAUCCUGAAGCUAAGGCCGCUGGCGCUUCAGUUCUGCAAUACGGUGGUGGGAAAUGGCGUUAACACGAGCUUUUGGUAUGAUGUGUGGACACCGUUUGGCCAGCUAAUCAAUCACUUAGGUGCUGCUGGUCCAAGAGCGCUUCGGAUAAGAAAGGAGACGAGGGUAGCGGAAGCAAUCAAUGGGUCUACCUGGUCACUACCUCACCCAAGAUCUGAUCAGGAAGUGGAACUUCACUCUUAUCUAACAACUCUAGCUCUUCCACUGCCUAUUGAUAUUGAUGAUGUUUAUGAAUGGAAAGCUGCUGAUUUUCCUUUGAAUGUGUUUAAAUCUCAGGCCACUUGGGAAGUCUUGCGGCCAAGACAAGCAGCUCAGGAUUGGUAUGACAUUGUGUGGUUCAAAGGAGCACUUCCGAAACAUGCGUUCACAAUGUGGGUGACUAAUUACGACAGAUUGCCAACAAGAGCGAGACUGGCCUCAUGGGGGCUUGCCAUUCCUGUUGUCUGCCCCUUCUGUCAUGCAGCGCCUGAAACCAGGGACCAUCUAUUCCUUUCUUGUCAGUACAGCUUCGACGUAUGGUCCUUCAUCUUUACCAGAUGUAGUGGACCGCACGGCAGACUUGCGGAUUGGAAUGAGCUAUUAUCUUGGAUCCGAGCUGCCUGUUCUAAGAGAAGCCUCCUGCUUCGAAAGCUGGCUUCUCAAGCGGUUGUGUUCCACAUAUGGAAGCAGAGGAAUAAAUUAGUUCAUAACAAUAUCCAACUACCUGCUGCAAAUGUUUUCAGAGAAAUUGACAAGGAGAUGAAGAACAUCAUCUCAUCUAAAAGGUCGAAAAAGCUCUUUAGUUCACUUAUGGUUCUUUGGAUUCGAUAG